CUCCCCAGGGCCCGCGCAGGAUGCCCUCGGCCCCCGACAGCCCCCCGGGAAGCCCUGAGCUCGACGCACCCCCUCUACGCCAUGUCCCCCCCUGGCUCGGCCGCGGGAGAGAGCGCCGGCGGCGGCGGCGGCGGUGGCGGCCCCGGGGUCCCGGAGGAGCCCACGGCGGCGGCGGCGGCGGACGAGGGCCCCGCCCGAGAGGAGCAGCGUCCCAUCCAGCCCUCUUUCACCAAGUCCCUCUGCCGUGAGUCCCACUGGAAGUGCCUGCUGCUCUCGCUGCUCAUGUACGGCUGUCUGGGGGCCGUGGCCUGGUGCCACGUAACCACGGUGACCCGCCUCACCUUCAGCAGCGCCUACCAGGGCAACAGCCUCAUGUACCACGACAGCCCCUGCUCCAACGGCUAUGUCUACAUCCCCCUGGCCUUCCUGCUCAUGCUGUACGCCGUCUACCUGGUGGAGUGUUGGCAUUGCCAAGCCCGCCAUGAGCUGCAGCACCGUGUUGAUGUGAGCAGCGUGCGGGAGCGUGUGGGCCGCAUGCAGCAGGCCACGCCCUGUAUCUGGUGGAAGGCCAUCAGCUACCACUAUGUCCGCCGCACCCGCCAGGUCACCCGAUACCGCAAUGGAGACGCCUACACCACCACCCAGGUCUACCAUGAGCGCGUCAACACGCACGUGGCGGAGGCCGAGUUCGACUACGCGCGCUGCGGCGUCCGCGACGUGUCCAAGGCGCUGGUGGGGCUGGAGGGCGCGCCGGCCACGCGCCUGCGCUUCACCAAGUGCUUCAGCUUCGCCAGCGUGGAGGCCGAGAACGCGUACCUGUGCCAGCGCGCGCGCUUCUUCGCCGAGAACGAGGGCCUGGACGACUACAUGGAGGCGCGCGAGGGCAUGCACCUCAAGAACGUGGACUUCCGCGAGUUCAUGGUGGCCUUCCCGGACCCGGCCCGGCCGCCGUGGUACGCCUGCUCGUCCGCCUUCUGGGCCGCGGCGCUGCUCACGCUGUCGUGGCCGCUGCGCGUGCUGGCCGAGUACCGCACGGCCUACGCGCACUACCACGUGGAGAAGCUCUUCGGCCUGGAAGGUCCCGGCUCGGCGAGCAGCGCGGGCGGCGGCCUGAGCCCCAGCGACGAGCUGCUGCCGCCGCUCACGCACCGCCUGCCGCGGGUCAACACGGUGGACAGCACGGAGCUCGAGUGGCACAUCCGCUCCAACCAGCAGCUGGUGCCCAGCUACUCGGAGGCGGUGCUCAUGGACCUGGCGGCGCUGGGGGCGCGCUGCGCGGGGGCGGCGGGCGGCGGCUACGCGCCCACGUGCCGCUACGGCGGGGUGGGCGGCCCGGGCGCGGCGGGCGUGGCCCCGUACCGGCGCAGCUGCGAGCACUGCCAGCGCGCCGUCAGCAGCUCGUCCAUCUUCUCGCGAAGCGCGCUCAGCAUCUGCGCCAGCCCGCGGGCCGGGCCCGGGCCCGGAGGCGGGGCGGGCUGCGGGGGCAGCCGCUUCUCGCUCGGCCGCCUCUACGGCUCCCGGCGCAGCUGCCUGUGGCGCAGCCGGAGCGGGAGCGUCAACGAGGCGAGCUGCCCCACCGAGCAGACGCGGCUGUCGAGCCAGGCCAGCAUGGGGGACGACGAGGACGACGACGAGGAGGAGGCCGGGCCGCCGCCGCCCUACCACGACGCCCUCUACUUCCCGGUCCUCAUCGUGCACCGGCAGGAGGGGUGUCUGGGCCACAGCCACCGGCCGCUGCACCGCCACGGCUCCUGCGUAGAGACCUCACUGUGACCUCCGGCCCCGGGCAGCCCGUCGCCCUCCCUCCUGCCCCUUGCGGGACUGAGCUUCUUGCGUGUAGCAGGGGGGUCAUGAUGGUGACCGAGGCUGUGCUGGGCACGGCGCGGGGAGCGGGGAGGCGACGGUGCGCGGGACAGACCCCAUGGGGUCCGGAUCCCCCCGCCUUCCCUGUACAUAAAGAGACCGAUGGGUGGGAGGGGAUGCGGGGGGGGGGGGCUCCGGAGAAUCCCGGCACGGUCGGCUCUUCCAGCCCCGUCCCUGUCUUAGGGGGACACCUCCCCGCCCUACACGCACACUCGAGAUUUCCCGUCCAGCCUUUCAACGUAUCUUCUGACUGUUAGCGGAGGCCGUGCUGUGGCACCGCGUGGGGCCCGUCUCCAGUGUGAGGCCCCUCGCUGUGCAGCUGGGGAGGUUUAGAGGCGUGGGGAAGGGAAAUUGGGGCUUUCCUUCCAUCGCUGCCUGGCCCCACCAGGGCCUCUCUCUACUGAGGUCGCCGUGGUUUGGCGAACAGCGGGGCUGGCUUCCAACCAGCUAAUGAAUUCAGUGGGUCUGAAGCCGGGGCCAGAUGUCAGCCCCGAUGCUCCAUCUCAAAACCGUGCAAAUGUUGCUGUCCUCUUCUUGGCGCUGGCCCCAACCAUCGGGGUUUCCUUUCUGCCACUCCCUUCACUGCUGUUUAUCUCGCUGGGCCCCUGGAGUGUGGGUCCUGGAGGGACUGUGCUCACACUGCACACGUCACUCCCCCCGCCCCCCUCCGGCUCUCUGGCCCUAAAGAGCACUUGCCCAGAGAGGAGGGAAGCAUAAUGUGGAGGGCAUGUACCUCAGUCCUUUCUCUAAACUCUGCAGCCCCCUGGCAGCAGCAGCCUCCUCACCUGGGUUCUGAGAGGGCUCUCCCUUCAGUUGGAGGGGUUGGGGGGUGGGAUACCCUCCCCCUAGGCGUGUUCAUUAAAGCUGGCCAACGUGUGUGGGUGGGAAGAGUGGGAGACAGACCUGGGUGACAAACUCUCGAAGCAGGUGGGAUUCAAAGAGGAGAGGGCAGUGGAGGGAGACUGAAAGGGGUGUCUGGGGCAACUCUUGCUUCCCCAGACUUGGGGGGGGGGUGCAAAGGGUGGUUGUCCCCACACAUUACCUCUGUAGGACUGAGGAUGUCCUCACAAGCCCCAGCUGGAGAAAUGAACUCAAAUCCAGUGGCAGGGUCAGAGGCAGGAAUUCUCUAAAUCUUGCCCAACCCCUCUGUCCUCCCCUAUCCCAUGAGCUGAAGCCCUGCAGUGGGGCCCAGAGGGGCAUCCUGCCACCACCCAAGGGCGCUGGCCCCACGUCCUGUUCCCCUAAAGCUGUGACACCUCCUCUCCGCCACCACUCCCUCCCUGAUGUGCUUCUGUGUGCAUGUCUGCGUACAACCCCCUGCCCUCCCAACUCUCCUGCCAAAGUUUUCCCAGCAGACUUAGUGCCCAGGGAUUGAGGUCACAUUUCAGGCUGGAGAGGAUAACCCUUGGGCGGCCGCCAUCACUCACCCCUGAUGCUCCUUGCUUUGCCCGAGCCAUCAGAGCUCCUCCGUCGCCUCCUUCAGCCUCUGCCAUCUUCCUCCAGCCUAGCCAGGCCUACACCUGCCAAGGACAUGGCCUCCACCUAUGCAACAUCUCCUCUGGCUCCCCCUGUCCCCUUCCCUGGGGGACUUGGGAGGUACAGAUUGUGGGGACACCACAGCCCGUGGCCCACUGGGGUUGAGCUUUACUUUGCUGUAGCGACGGCUGAGUGGGAAGACAGAGGAGGCAGGAGAUGGGGAGGCUUGGGCAGGAGGGAACAGCUGUCCACUAGGUUUCCCUGGGCAGCAGGGGCCACCUGCCUGCCAGCACUGAACCUGCCUGGGCCCUGAGUCUGUGUUCCUCGGGGGCCUGGAGGUUGGAGCACCCCUCUUUGCUCUGAACAGACAUCUGUGAGGUACAGGUGGUGGGAGCUGUGGCCGCAGGCCCCAGUCCUUGGCACCUGGAUGUCAUACCCUUGGGCGGCCUGGCCACUUCUCGGCUCCAAGGUGGAAGGAACUCAGCUCCUUCUCCCUCAGGCCUGUUCCUGAGACAGAGCCUGAGCUGGGGGGGGGGGCAGGGGGCACUGUUAUUAUUUUUGCCUGUAUUGACCAUUUCUGCCUAGGUCUUCUUACGCAGACAGCCUCACCUCCCACACACGCACAGACUUAGAGAGAAGCCAAUUCUUCGGUCUAUUUUCUUGGCUUUAUUGAUUGCCAGGGAAAACGAAAACCAGAAAAUUAAUUAAUCUCUAAAAUUAAACUUUACACUGAAUGUUCUUGUUUCUCUAAUUAGAACCUCUGCUAGCAGCUGUGGCUAUGUACACACAUACACACACACACACACACACACACACACACACACACACACGCUCACACUCACACACACCCUCACAUCUACACGUGUGCACUCCAGAACUGUCAGAGGGUGUCAGGCACAAACAGACUCUAGGUUGCCCAGACAGGCACACAAGUGCAGUCACUCCCAAGCCCCCUGUGGUGCUCGGCUUGGCGCCUGCUUGGUGGAAGGAGUCCCUGGAGCGCGCAGGCACCCCUAGGCUGUGGCUGCAGCCCAUGGCCCACCCUUUGGAAAAGACCACAAGGCUGGAGGCUCUGGGCCCCUCGGCGGGAGGAGGAUGGGAGAUGGGGGCUCAGCCUGACUCUCUCAGGUUCUCUGGUGGCCCCGUGGGUCGACAUGACUCCUGUGGGCAGCCAUGGAGUGUCGUAGACUCGUGGAGGGCACCCGGAAGGCUCCAUACGUGCGCGGGGACAAGGGCUUGUGGGGUGGGCUGGGCCUGGCUAGGGAGAAGACGGGUCUCUGUCAAUUGGGUGCAUCACACUGUGGCCUUUCUGUCGUGGAUUUCCAAGCGCAAAGAUUGUACAAAUCAAACUGGUGGAUAAUAAAGUUGCAGAUGACUCACCGA